AUGAAGGUGUCCAAUGUUUUGACACAGGCCGUUGGCCUCGUUUUGUCUCUCAGUGCUGCUGCCGAGGCCAAUGGAUCGUCUCGUAGUGCUGCGUGCCAUCCUCAUCAGCCAUUCCACCCUCUCCCUGCCAGCCAGGCCCGUCACAAGACUUGCCACGUUCCCAGCCAUGGCAACGGCAUCGAUGACUCGGCCAACAUUCUGUCGACCCUGAAGAAGUGCAACAAUGGCGGCAAGGUUGUCUUUGACGCGGACAAGACCUACACCGUUGGCAAGGCCAUGGAUAUGACCUUCCUCAAGCACGUGGAUCUGGAAAUCCUCGGCACAAUCCAAUUCACCAACGACACCGACUACUGGCAAGCCAAUGCAUUCCAGCAAGUUUACCAGAACGCGACGACUUUCUUCCAGCUCGGUGGAACCGACGUCAACGUCUACGGAGACGGUACCCUCGAUGGCAAUGGUCAGGUCUGGUACGACCUGUACGCUGCGGACGCUCUGAUUCUGCGUCCUAUCCUUGUCGGUAUUAUCGGGCUGAACGGCGGUACUAUCGGCCCUCUCAAGCUCCGCUAUUCCCCGCAGUGGUACCACUUUGUCGCCAACUCGUCCAAUGUCCUGUUCGAGGGUAUCGACAUUACCGGUUACAGCAAGAGCAAGAACACUGCUAAGAACACUGACGGAUGGGACAUUUACCGCUCCGACAACAUUGUCAUUCAGGACUCGGUGAUCAACAACGGUGAUGACUGCGUUUCCUUCAAGCCCAACAGCACCAACAUUAUCGUUCAGAACCUCCACUGCAACGGCUCCCACGGUAUCUCCGUUGGUUCUCUGGGCCAGUACAAGAACGAAAUCGAUAUUGUCGAGAACGUCCUUGUCUACAACAUUUCGAUGUUCAACGCAUCUGACGGUGCCCGCAUCAAGGUCUGGCCCGGUGUUGCUUCUGCCCUGUCCACCGACUUGCAGGGUGGAGGUGGCUCUGGCAGUGUCAAGAACAUCACCUACGAUACUAUGACCAUUCAGAACGUCGACUAUGCCAUCGAGGUCACCCAGUGCUACGGACAGAGCAACCUCACUCUGUGCAAUGAGUACCCCAGCAGCAUGACCAUCUCUGAUGUCCACUUCACCAACAUCAAGGGUACCACCUCUGGCAAAUACGACCCCAAGGUCGGAACAAUCGUCUGCUCCAGCCCUACUGUUUGCUCUGAUAUCUACGCCACUGAGAUUGAGGUUACCAGCCCUAAGGGAUACAAUGCAUUCACGUGCACUAAUGUCGAUGACAGCCUGUUGGCCGUGAACUGUACUUCCACCUAG